AUCAAGGUGGAGUUUAAAACGUGUCUGAACCCUCACCAGGGGCACAAACAGCACCGGAGCCUCUGCAGAACCGCUGCAGAACCGCUGCAGAACCGCAGAGCCAGGUCUUCAGCUACAGCCUCUGUCCAGAGGCCCAAAUUCUUCCACACCUAUCGCAGGAGUCAAUAGCUGAAAAAUGGCCGGUCUGAGAAGAUCAUCCUUCUCUCACAUGUUCACAGGAUUUCUUCUGACUACAGGGAUAUUCGCAGAGUUCCUCCUGGCUGUCCCACUCACCCAGCCCUCCACCGAACACGGUUCGGAGAAGAUCGAUGCCGAGCACUCUGCCAAGAGACUCAUCCGCAACCGGAGGAACAUCAGCUGGUACAAACAACACUCUGACUUCUGGAACUGGUACAAGUUUUUCACCGACUCGGGCAACCAGCAGGGAGUUGCAGACCUGGACCGUGUGUAUCUGGCCUAUCUGCAGAACAAGAACCGUGCCGAAGCCCAGCGCUCCCACAAGCUCUAUCUGCAGCAUCUGGGUGAAAUCUACAAGUCAUGUGCUGAGUCUGACGACCCAAACUGCAUGGCCUCAUACCUCAGCAGGCCCAAGGCCAAGGCUGAGCCACAGAGACCGGCACUGGUUAAGUCCUGUGAUCCGUUCCGGGAUCCACAAUGUCUCUAUGCUCUGGGAUACACCGCUUAUCCGUAUGUGGCCUCUGCAAAGUCGCCAGCUCCGGCUCCUCCUCCUGCUCCUGCUCCGGUUAAAACUCCGGCCUACAUCCGAACCCCUGUGGUGAAGGACCCAAGUUCUGGUCAGUACUAUUAUGCUCCUGCAGCACAGUCCUUCCUGACUGCUGAGCAGAAAGCUGAGCUGUUGCGUAUUUGUGGUGCUGAAGAUGUCGAGUGCCUGCAGUACCACUUCCGUGGUGCUUAUGGCUACAAACCUGCCGGCGUCCCAGCGCCAUCCUACGCCCAUCUAGGCUCCUCCUCACAGAAGGUGCAGAAAGCCCCAGCUGGCUUGUACCUUCGCUAUCCCAACUGCGAUCCCCGCGUCGACCCGUAUUGUGCCUACGCUGCUGUAGCGGCUUCUCAGAAAUCAGAGGCACCAUCUUCUCCAGCUGCUCUCGAGAGGUUCUGCAACCCGCUCUACGAAGACAACUGCAACCCGCUGACGGCUACCAGCUUUGACAGCGUAGCAGCUCCAUCAGAAGAUCCCAAAGAUGAUCCAGCUUCUGCCCAGGAGCUGCAAAACCCCCAUUACGAUCCCUUUGCCAUGUUCCAGGAUGCUGCUGCUGCAGCAGCUUCUUCUGCCAUGCGCAGGCUUCCAUCUGGUUCACGCCAAAUUCCACAACACCCUCAGCCGCCCACUAUGGAGGAGAGCUCCCAAUCAUUUGGACCUCCUGGGAAGACCAAGGAGGGCUAUGAUUGCUUUAUUGGCUAUGAUGCAGAGUGCUACCCAAUUGGAACCCAGAACGUUCCCAGUAGAGUCCCACAAAGGCAGGUUCCUCAUUCAAUGGACACCUACGAGCCCCACCUUAACUCAGAUGGCACCAGAAAGGGCGUGAUUGAACCUGAUCCUCACUGCGACCCCGAGUAUGACAGAAAUUGCCGUCUGCGCCGCUACGAACCUGAGGCUGAGGAACCAGAGACGCACACUUCUCACAAUGAGGAGCGUGAGUAUCAGGAACACAGGGAGGAACCUGUUCGCCAUGAGGAUCAGAGAGAGGAGGUCUACCCUGAGCAGCAGCCAGACAUGAACAACCAGGGCUACGAGCAGCAGCAGUACGACCGCUACAUGAGCGGCCAGGAGGAUCCCUACGCCUCUUACGAUCAGCCAAGUCAAGGUCCUAUCAACUUCCAGGACAUCCUGAAGGCGUACGCAAGCCGCUUCCCAAACCAGGAGCACCAUCGUACCUACACGGGAGACUACAAGAAGAAAUAAGAAGCUGGAAAAAGCAGCGUAACGAAUAAUGAUUAGGGAAAUGGGACAGUGUGUGGAUUGUGAAAGAUGUUCACAGAUUAAAAUAUUCAUAUCUGAUGUAAAAAAAUUACAGUUACGGAGAAGCAGAUCUUCAGCUCGAAUGGUGAAAGGCGCAGUAGUGUGACAGCACUUGUAUAGGAUUUCGUUUCUUUAGCUUACGAAUCUAUUUUAUUGCUUUAACCUGGUCUCAUGUUAAUUAUCAGUUUAACUGAUUUAGAUGGUUUAGAGAAGAUUCCUGGUGUAACUUCUUGACUAAUGGAUCAUCUGAAAUCUUUUGAUAUCACUUCAUAUAUAAAUAAAAUAUGUUGAGUAUUAAAUUUUCAAGAGGUGGUAGAAUGCGAAAAAGUAUCUGAAUAUACAGCAACCAUUUUUAUUUGGUCUUUUUUCUUUUUUUCCCUUUUUUCCUUGAAAAAUGGAUGAUGUCUACCUAGAGGAAUAUUUAAUAUCUUUUCCAAAAUGGUGCUUUUUCUCUCAUUUAAUGUUUUUUAAUGUGUUUAUAUGAAAACAUUUCUCUUUGAAUGUCUUGAAUAAAACGCUUUUAAAUAAAAUCUUAAA